AUGGGCCAAUACGACGAGCUUGGUCAGUCCAAGGCAGCGCUUAUCAAGCUCGCCAACACCAAGAUCAAUCAGGUCAACGGCCACACUACCUUGUGGACCGGCACCUUGAAAGAGACUUCCGAUGCAGAAACCUCGGAUUUCAAGCCCAGCAGCUACUAUGGUGACUACCAGAUUGGUCCCGCUGAGCGCUCCGAGUUCCAUGAACAUGAGCGUCCCAUUGCCGUCUGUUUCUCUGUUCCCGAGUCAGUCACAAACCUCUCAGACUCUUUCACUCUCACUGCACUUGACAUCAACCCCGCCAUUGCUCUCCUCACUGAGAAAGAGUAUGGCGAAUACCAGGCUGAGCUUCACAAGCGAAAGCAGAAGUUAGCUGCGGCAGCCUCCGCCAAAGCUGGAGCCGCCACUGAGGAAGAGUCUCAUGUUAAGGAAGAGACCUCCUCUGAUACCCCUCUCAACGACUCACAGGCCAACCAAGAGCCAGAGUUGGAUGCAUCCACUCCCCGCUACACUCCCACUGACAGCAACAUCUUCGUAGCCGCCAAUCUGAUCAUAGACGCUCAGCCCGAAGAGUACACUCCUUUCUCGAAGGCAAAAGCGGACAAGGUCCGGGAGUGUAUGCGUCGAGAGAUGCACUGGAACAUCAGCAAGGAGCGCAUCCGCAAACUUCUCCUCUCUCGCUCCCGCUACGUUGCCAUGGGAGAGAUCUCCGUUGAUACCAUCGCCGCCGCAUGGGGCGAUCUCAAAGAAGACCCCAAGGAAGACCUGCUGCCAGUCCGCAUCGUCAAAGGCGAGGCUGCCGACAAGGCGGACUUGACCCCCGAACAGGAGGCCGCUCUCAAACAAGAGAGGGAAGACAAGAAGAAAGCCGACCGUCUUGUAUUGAAGCGUCUUGCCCCUCCGAAGCCCCAUCUGUUCCAUAAGGUGAUAGCUUACGAGAACUUCGAGCAGAAAGAAGGGGUGAAGGCCAAGAUCACGUUCCAUGAAGACCCCAACGACCGCUCCUACAUGCGUCUCCGCUUCUCUCUCCUAUACAAGGACGAGCAGCGCAAGAUGCAGCAACCUAAGCACAAGUUGGACAUUGACCUCACGUACCGCAAUACCCGCCCUCGCGGUGAGCUCCCGAAAGCCUUCGCCGACACCUACAAGCCAACUGAGCGCAUCAUUGACGUCUCGAAUCAUCGCUUCAUCCCCUUGCUUGAUAAGCUCUUCCCGCACCUUGCCCGCGACAAUAUGGAGUACUGGGCCCAGUGCUACAAGUCCCUGGUAGGCGGUUACAAACUCUACUUGUUGGCGUUUCGUCAAAAUGAACUACCCAUGACCAACCACCUGUUCACCUCCCGUACAGAUAUGCCGGCAAAGUAUUACGACCUUCAGAUUGUCAUGCGUGAGGCUCCAUUCGUCUACAUCCUGAUUCGUGGAACUGACAUCGAUGGCAUCGCUGGCUCUAUCGUCAACCGUUUUUACGACCUCGCUUUAUACGACCCUCUGUCCAAGUUUUUCGUUGACGUCGAGAACCCGUAUAUCAACAACAAGGGGAUCAAGGAUACCGCAUCACUUCCCAAAUUCAUCACCUUGCCUGAGAACUCCUUCGAAGACUGGAACGAAUACGCCAUCCACUGUGGCGUCGGCACUAUCAUCGAACUCCGUCACACUAUGGGUACUCACUACUAUCGAGGCAAAGCAUCAGUGCUUCCCGUUCCGCAUACCCAGUUGAAGCAUGGAGGCAAGGUCACCGACUGCAGCUACUAUGUCAACUUCAAUCAAGAGCGCUCUGAACAAGACUUGCCGCGCCUUACCAUCGACGAUCAUGUCAGUAUUGAUUUCAAGCCCGAGGACAUAACACGAGAAAUCCUUUGGAAGGGUCGAGUGGUUCAGCCUACCAUGUCUACUGGUAUCGGUCAGGUAUGCCUGGUUGCAGAUCGACCGAUCGACCCAACGGGAUGCAUGCUCGACAAAGAAUCUUACUCCACUCUCUCUGCCACCGAAAUGGACUCUAUGACGUUUGAGCAACUUCGCGCAUGGGCCGCAGAUAACCAGACCCUGACAAUCACCCUUAUCAAGAAGGAUGACGAGAAGGAAUGCAAGCGCAUGUGCAAUGGCUUGAGCAAUAUGAAGGUCGCCCUCAAGAAGCAGGAGGAAUUUCCGAUCAAGACGCACACUUUGUCCCAGCUCCGCACCUUCUUGAUGUGCAAAGACCAUGCGCAGUACGACAUGCAUUCCCUGUUCGAGACUAUUCACGAUUAUGACAAGCAGGCCUUCGUCCCCUUACUGAGGUCAUCCCUCCUUGACUACCAGAACGUUCCCGUGGCUCAUUGGGAAGAUGAGGGAGUCACUGCGAGCAUCAUCGUCCUCGGAGGUGUAUCAGGCUCUGGCAAGACCUAUACUAGCAUCAGCAUUCUCUGUGGUUACACGCUCCGUAUCAAGGUACACAGUCACAAGGCAGUUGAGCAAGAGCGUGACCUCUAUUAUCUGCUCAAGUCGAAUACCAAGGCAAAGGCAGAGCCGACUGCUAAGCCCGCCGCCACUUCCGCCAACGACCCUGCCGAUCCCUCCACCAACCCUACCGAUCCCGCCCCCGAUACCCCCGAGCAAAAGAAAGGAGAUGACAACACUGGCGACGAUGAUCGCACCGUCAAUGAUGAUGCUGAUUCAGUACAUGAAGACGACCUAAAUGAUCCUGAGCCCAUUAAGUUUCCCGAAACUCCCGAAGACGAGGAGUUCAUCGAUGACGGUCGAGUCACGCAUGUCAGCGUCCAGAACGAGACGGUCGACCACAACUAUGAGAUGUGGUGCAAGAUACUCAAUGCUUUUUGCGACAACAUGAACAUCCCCAAAAAGCUCAUUGUCCGAAUGCACUCAAUACAGUCAGAACUUCAAGCCCUAACAGCCAUGAUCGAUCUAAGCCACCAAGAUAUGGAAGAGAAUGUCCCAUCUCAUAUGUUGCACAACCCUGACCUGGUGGGCGUGGCCAGUGAGGCUUUGAAGGAGCAUUACCUCCGCGCCAUGAGCACCACCUUCCCCGGUAUCACUGACAAGCGUUUCCGCAUGAUGAAUGGAUCGCUUGCAUAUGUGGUGUUGCAGCUAGCGAACUUCGACGGGUUCCCCAUGACACAGGAAGUCACUAAUACAUGGUCGGACCAAGAGCGUGUGGACAUUGCCAAGGAGCUCCGACCCAUCAUCAACGCAUACCUUGCCAUAAACAUUGAGGGUCAUAUGAGUCCUAAAACCUCUAUGGAUAUGAAAAAGGCCUUCAAGUUUGGUUAUAAGACUGUCGUACAACGCGCUUCGGUCAUCUGCUGCACCCUGUCCGUAGCUACGACAAGCAGCUUUCAGAUUCACCGACGCACACAUGCUGUCGCUCUGGAGGAAGCUGGUCGAGCCAUUGAUGCCAACAUUGCUGCCCUCCUGUCAACACAUUGGGCAUGCGACCUCAUCAUGUUGGUCGGUGACGCACGACAGCUCAGCUUCACUCCGUUUGGACCACAGCUUGAUAACCCCUUCCAAGCUCAGCUGUCGCGCUCUCCUCUCGCUAGGCUCAACAUGACAGGGUUUCCCGUACAGGACCUCGUCUAUACUUCACGCUUUACUAGUCAAGCACUCCUUGACCUGUGCGCGCACCUCAACAACGAGCCCAAGCUGCAAGAAGUUCCCAGGGCUUUCAACAAAGCUGCUGAGAUCCAAGCCAAGACAGUCAACUUUCUCAUUUGGGGAAAAAAGAGCGAGAUUGUGGUCAUCAACACCAAGACUGCGGUGGCCUCCCGUGAUGCCAAUGGAUCAUGGUACUGCAAGGAGACUGCGCUCGUAACCAUCCACGACAUGAUCAACCGUGUGCGACAUAUCCCCGGUGAAGAAUUGAUGAUCAUCAUACCCUACAAUGCUCAGGUACAAGUUCUCAAUGCCAUGCGAGACAGUGCUAUGCGGAAGGCAUAUACCGCAAACCAGCGCGACCUAGCAGAGCGACUGUCCCAAGUCAUGAUCAUCAUAGUAGACUCCUCUAUGGGCAAGGACCGCCCUCAUGUGAUUCUAGACACUGUCGGAAAUGGCGAAGGUUUCUUCUGGCAACAACCCCGCACCCUCGUCGCGGGCACCCGAGCACGCUCCAGCUUCGUGUUUAUUGGUCCAACCUAUGACUACACCGCAUCUCACCACAACAUCAAGAAUCGACUCAAGGACAUGCUGUAUCAGUGGAAUAACAAGAGACUGUUCGUUACAGUAGGCGAUACUGAGAUAUCUAAGUUUGACCAAUACGCUUCAGUACAGAGCGCCCUCAACCUGGGAGAAGCUAGCGACAAGCCUACCGAGAACCCCCGUCAAGCUCCUCUUGGCCUAGACAUAGAGGAACCAUCCAACACCGCUACCGAUACGUCCAACGAAGCUGCCUGGAACACCACUGCUGAUACGUCCAACGAAGCUUCAUGGAAUGCCACUGCCGAUACGUCCAACGAUGACACCUUGGGGGGUGCCUUGAGCACUGAGUGGUAA